CGCGGCCGCUUCCGAUUGGCUGAGGGAGUCCGGCAGACGCACGCCGAUUCGCCGGCGGGCCCCUCCGCAGCAGAGGCUGAAGCUGGCGAGGGGACGGCGGGCGGCAGCGCCUUACAGUGCGGACUCCGCAGAGCGAGCGAGCUAGCGGUGGAGUCAUGUUGAUGCCCGGCUGUCCGUCUCUUCGGGUUUGGGCUGAAGGACCCCGGCGGGGCGGAGGAGCGGGCUGCGAGCCGGCCUGGUGAUUGGAGCGGCUACGGGGGUCGGUGCGGCCAUUGGACCCCGGACAUUGAGUCAAAAGCGACGAGAGAGGUUGCUGCUAGUUAGGCCCGCUAGCUAUAGCGACCUCCCCCGAAAUAACCGCCCUUCCUCGGGCUGCUUUUCUACUAAAUUCCAGCAUUUGUCCGACCGGGGAGCGUGUGCGGCGGUGACGACAAGCGCGACGAGCUCCGGGAAGAGGAAACGUCCCGAUGUAAACCGGAGCUAGCCUAGCCUAGGCGCUGUUAGCAUGUGAGCGUCGCCAUCCUCUCCUCUCCUCUUCUCUUCCUUCUUCUUCCUCCGAGGCGCGGGCGUAAUUUCGAGGGUUUCGACUCGACGGUGCGGCGGCCCCCGGGCGAGCGCUUUGUCGGGCCCCCAACCGCAGCGCUAAUGUAGUCCGCCCGCCCGCCCGCCCGCCUCCCCGCGCCUUGAAAGUGGAUCGCUAUGGAGCUACGUUGCGUCUCGGCCGGAUUCGCCUGGCUAGCCAGCUAGGCCAGGGAAAGCUUUCCUCAUCUCGAGAGAGGGACCGGGCGGACGAACUCCUCUUCCCCACUCCCCGACUGAAGCGACAAGCUGGCGGCCCCCCAAGUGGAAGCUGAGGACAAGGAGCUGGAGCCCAUGGCCUGGGUGCUCAAGAUCGACGACGCCACCAUCGAGUCGGGGCUGGUGCACGACUUCGACGCCAGCCUGUCGGGCAUCGGCCAGGAGUUGGGGGCUGCAGCCUACAGCAUGAGCGAUGUGCUGGCCCUGCCCAUCUUCAAGCAGGAGGACUCCAGCCUCCCUCCGGAGAGCGAGAGCAAGAACCCGCCGUUCCAGUACGUGCUGUGCGCCGCCACCUCGCCCGCCGUCAAGCUGCACGACGAGACGCUCACGUACCUCAACCAAGGCCAGUCUUACGAGGUGCGGCUGUUGGACAACCGCAAGCCCGGCGAGUUACCGGAACUCACCAACAAGCUGGUGAAGAGCACCGUGCGCGUGGUGUUUCACGACCGCCGGCUUCAGUACACGGAACACCAACAGCUGGAGGGAUGGAAGUGGAAUCGUCCCGGCGACCGUCUACUGGACAUCGACAUCCCCAUGUCGGUGGGCAUCCUGGAGCCCAAGACGCACCCCUCCCAGCUCAACGCCGCAGAAUUCCUGUGGGAUUUGAACAAGAGAGCGUCCGUCUUCGUGCAGGUCCACUGCAUCAGCACGGAGUUCACGCCGCGCAAGCACGGCGGCGAGAAGGGCGUCCCCUUCCGGAUCCAGAUCGACACGUUUGCGCCGGGCGACGCCUGCGACUACGCCGAGCACCUGCACUCGGCGUCCUGCCAAAUCAAAGUUUUCAAGCCAAAAGGGGCGGAUCGCAAGCAGAAGACGGACCGCGAGAAGAUGGAGAAGCGCAGCGCUCAGGAGAAGGAGAAGUACCGGCCGUCCUACGACACCACCAUCCUGUCCGAGACCAGACUGGAGCCCGUCAUCGAGGAAGCGGGCGACCACGAGCUGAAGAAGUCCAGCAAGCGGACGCUCCCGGCCGACUGCGGCGACUCCCUGGCCAAGCGAGGCAGCUGUUCCCCGUGGCCGGACAGCGCCUACGUGGCCCCCAACCAGGCAGCUACUCCCUCCUUCACGUCCACGCCGCUCUCCACCUACACCGCCGGCGCCGCCGCCUCCGCCUCGCUACCCGACAGCGACUCGUCCUCGCCCAAUCACCACGCGGAACCCGGCGGCCACGCCGGCACGGAGCAGUUGAGUCCCGCCGCGUCCAUUCAGGACACCCAAAAAUGGCUGCUAAAAAACCGAUUCAACUCGUACACGCGACUCUUCACACACUUCUCAGGUUCUGAUUUGUUAAAGUUAACCCGGGACGACCUGGUCCAGAUUUGCGGCCCUGCGGACGGCAUCCGACUCUUCAACGCCCUCAAAUCAAAGUCCGUGCGUCCCCGCUUGACUUUGUACGUGUGCCAGGAGUCCCCUCAGCACAGCCCCCUGCUGGAGAGACACGGCGCCAGCGAGAAUGGCGAACAGGCCGUGUCGCCCGGUUUACACGUGUACCACGCGCUGUACUUGGAGGAGCUGACGGCGGCGGAGCUGAUCCGCAAGAUGGCCGGCGUGUGCGGCCUCCCGCUGGCCGGCGUCAACCAGGUGUACAGACAAGGACCCACCGGGAUUCACAUCCUGCUCAGCGACCAGAUGGUGUACAACUUGCCGGACGAGAGCUGCUUCGUCAUCGGCACGGUCAAAGGUGAGUCUCGCGCGUCCGAACGCCGGCGGCGCUUUGAACGUCUCCCUGUCGUUGCAGACGAGCAGGGCGAGGGGCUCCAUCUCAUCCUGAAGUAGGCCAGAGCGCCCCCAUCCGUUGUCCCGGAUCCACGGGAGCAACCCCCCCCCCCCCCCCGUCU